CACCCGUGGUCCAACAUGGCUGCCUCCGUCAGAAAAUCCACGUUGAGAUUUAUCGAUAUAGGGGUCAAUUUGACAGAUGGAAUGUUCAGAGGAUUGUACCAUGGAUCACAGAAGCACCAGGAUGACCUACAAGAUGUCCUUGAACGUGCCUUCAACAAUGGAGUUGAAAGGAUCAUGGUGACCGGUGGGAGCCUUCAGGACAGCAGGGAGGCACUUGAACUUGCAAAAAAAAAUGAUGCCCUGUAUUGUACAGUCGGCUGCCACCCCACCAGAUGUGGAGAAUUCGAAGAGUCAGACCCUGAUUCCUAUCUGGAGAAGCUUACAGAGCUGGUCGAGAACAACAGGAGCAAAGUGGUGGCAGUAGGGGAGUUUGGACUGGACUAUGAUAGGCUCAACUUCUGUGCAAAGGAAAUACAAUUAAGGUAUUUUGAGAAGCAACUGGGCAUCGUGGAAAGAACCAGGCUCCCGAUGUUCCUACACUGUAGGAAUGCUGCCUCAGAUCUUGUUGAUAUCUUGUCAAAAAACAAAGACAGGAUCACCCAAGGUGUGGUUCACUCUUUUGAUGGUAGCAAAGAGGAUGCACAGAGAAUUUUAGACCUGGGACUUUACAUUGGAAUAAAUGGCUGCUCUUUGAAGACUGCAGAAAACUUAGAAACAAUGUGCUCAAUUCCCAGUGAUAGACUCAUGAUAGAAACAGAUGCACCUUGGUGUGAGGUGAGGCCAAGCCAUGCAGGUGCUAAGCUUCUCAAGACAACUUUUCCAACAAAGAAGAAAGAAAAAUGGGAGAAAGGACACUGUGUCAAGAGCAGGAAUGAACCUUGUCAUAUUGUUCAGAUUCUGGAGGUGAUGGCUGGAGCCAGGAAUGAAGAUGUAACAGACUUAGCAGAUGUUCUUUACAACAACACCAAGAAAGUCUUCUUUCCUGACAAAUAGAUCACUCACAGAAUAUUGUAAUCUUUCCCAUGAAGGAUUUAGCAAGACAAAAAUAAUCAGACAUAAUCUAGAUGCUGAUGUACUUUAUUGUUUACAGCACAUUGUUAUAGACCUGCACAGGUCAUUUCAGUGUAAUAUAUGCAGCUGCUGCUGCAUCACAUGCUUUAAAGUUGGUGUGUUACGCCAAAGGGCAGGUUAUACUGGCUAUAAAGAUACAGAUACAUGGUAUUGUUACCAUCAUAAUUGUCAAUUUCUCUCUUCUCCGUAUGACAUGUAAUAUGUUUUUUCACACAUGCUGCAAAACCAGUUUGGGUGGGUGUUAUUUACACCACAUUCAUUACAUGCACAGCUUUUACCAUCCCACUUCCUAAAGAACCAUAAACCAUUCCUGACUGUCUAUCAAAAUUAGUGAUUUUGCCAAUGAGAGAACAGGAUUUGGUCAUGUGACUGUAACCUUCUAUAUGACUGUUCAACAUCAAUCCUUAUGGUAGACCUUAAGCUAUUCAAGCCAAAGGAAUUAAUUUAUUUACAAUUGUGUAAAAUAUGGCUGUCCUCAUUGUAUCUCAACAUGCAAACAUAAGAGCAAGCUGUUGAUUGGUUUUCAUAAGUUUCACGGGUCACUACUAACAGCAACAUAGGGAAUAGUGAUGCAUACCGGUUCACUGGACUUGGAUCCGGACUUGUAAGAAUGUUUAGGUUCAAGUCCAAAAAAAAACUAAAAGUCCAGAACUGAGUCCGGACUUACUACCAUAA